GUUCCGCCGCCGUUCAGAGAGACCCCCGCUCUCAGAGAGAGAGAGAGAGAGAGUGUGUGUGUGUGUGUGUGUGUGUGUGUGUGUGUGUGUUCUGUGGUGAGGCUGGUGUAUGAGGGCUGCUCCACCCCCGGACCGGCCCUCCUCCCCUCCUCGUCUCCAUCCUCCACCCUCGCUGUGGCAUCAGAGCAGCCGGCAGCUCCAGCAACAAGAACCCGGCGCCGUCCUGCAGAGCCAUGCUGCUGCUGUGGUCAGUCUGGAGCGUGACGCUGCUGCUGCUGCCGCCGCCGCCGCUGGAGGCUGCAGAGGACGACGUCCGAGCAGGCUGCAGCACUGCAGUCAAUGACCUGGUGUACAUCGUCGACGGGUCCUGGAGCGUGGGAUUCUCGGACUUCGACACGGCCAAGCAGUGGCUCAUCAACAUCAGCAGCCAGUUUGACAUCAGCUCCCACUACACGCAGGUGGCUGUGGUCCAGUACAGCGACACGCCUUGGCUGGAGAUUCCUCUGGGAAAACACCAGGGGGCAGCGGAGCUCAUCCAGGCCAUCCGCGGAAUCAGUUACCUGGGAGGGAACACACAGACGGGCAGAGCCAUCAAGUUCGCCGUGGACCACGUGUUCUCCGCCUCCCAGAGGGGCAGCGUGGCGAAGAACCACAUCGCCGUGGUCGUGACUGACGGCAAAUCUCAGGACGACGUGGUGGACGCCAGCAUGGAGGCUCGGGCUCAGGGCAUCACGGUGUUCGCCGUGGGCGUCGGCAGCGAGAUCACCACCUCCGAGCUCAUUUCCAUCGCCAACAAACCGUCGUCCACCUACGUGCUGAACGCCGAGGACUACACCACCAUCGACCGCAUCCGGGACUCCAUGGAGCAGAAGCUGUGUGAAGAGUCCGUCUGUCCCACGAGGAUCCCGGUGGCGUCCCGGGAUGAGAAGGGCUUCGAGCUGCUGGUCGGCCUGAACAUUGAGAGCAAGGCGGAGAAGGUUCCGGGCUCCCUGCUGUCUGAGACGGCGUUCGCCCUCAGCGCCUCCACGGACGUCACGGAGAACACCCGGGACAUCUUCCCAGAAGGCCUCCCUCCGUCCUACGUGUUUGUGUCCACCCUGCGACUGAAGGGGGCCUCCGCCAAGUUGACCUUUGACCUCUGGAGGGUGCUUUCGAAGGACCAGGAGGUCCAGGCCGCGGUGACGCUGGCUGGGAGAAGCAGAAGCGUCACUUUCAGCACCACCAGCGUGACGGAGAAGGAGCAGAGAGUCGCCUUUAAAGGCUUUCAGGACCUGUACGACGGGAAGUGGCACCAGCUGAAACUCCUGGUGCGGCCGCGACUCGUCGCCGCCUUCCUGGACGACGAGCUGAUCCAGGAGGCGCCGCUGGACCCGGCGGAGCCCAUUUACAUCAACGGGGAGACGCAGGUGGCGAAGAAACGAGGGACGGACGUCACGGUGGAAGUGGAGAUCCAGAAGCUGCGUCUGUACUGUGAUCCUCACCAGAGCGACAGAGAGACGGCUUGUGAAAUCUACUCUGUGGAUGACGAACGGUGUCCUCUGAACCGAACCGCGGCGGACGAGGAGGAAGACUGCAACUGCGUGGUCGGUCCACCAGGGCAGCGCGGCCCGCCAGGACGCAUGGGUUUCCGAGGAGAGAAGGGAAGAGAAGGCCCGCCGGGACCCGACGGGAAGCCUGGUAAAGAAGGAACCCCGGGCACGCCCGGGCCUCCUGGACCACCAGGAAUGAAGGGUAACGAUGGCCUGAUGGGACCAAGAGGAGAACCUGGUCUUAAAGGCAACAAAGGAGAACGAGGCGAUCCAGGUUUAUCAGGAGAGCCAGGCCCCCCUGGACCAAAAGGUCUUCCAGGUGAGACCGGUGAGGCAGGACCUCCAGGAGAACCAGGACCGAUGGGGGAACCGGGAGAAGCAGGCAGCGGGGGACCAGUCGGCCCACCGGGACCAGAGGGGGCAAAGGGAGACCCGGGUCCAGCUGGAGCUCCUGGACCUCAAGGCACAGUGGGGGCGUCCGGACCUCCUGGCCAAGCAGGACCGCUGGGACCUCCGGGGGAGAAAGGCUUACCGGGCCCACAAGGACCGCCGGGGAUGAGAGGGACGCUGGGAGUCCAGGGACCCCCGGGGCCGCCCGGAGAGAUCGGCCGCGAUGGUCCCAAGGGGACAUGUGGGGAUCCAGGACUGGCCGGUCCUCUCGGUCCUCCAGGACAGAAGGGCUCGGCGGGGGAGCCGGGCUUCCCGGGGCCUCCGGGCGCCGCGGGACCGCCGGGGUUCAAAGGUCAUAAGGGGGACGCGGGAGAACCGGGACCAAAGGGGAAACAGGGGGAGCGAGGACGGGAUGGAGAGCCGGGGACUCCUGGUGUACCUGGCGACGCGGGACCCCGAGGACGGAACGGAGAGAAAGGCGACAGAGGCGACUCGGGCUUCAAGGGGCUCGAUGGGAAGAAGGGUGACAUGGGUCACACGGGACACACGGGCGCCGUCGGUCCGCGAGGAUUCCCCGGCCAGGACGGCUUACCGGGCCAGCCGGGCCAACCGGGGUAUCCUGGAAAGCCGGGCAAAACGCCGUCGGACCAACACCUGCUGAAGCUCUGCGCCGACGUCCUGCGCAAUCAGCUUCCGGCGCUGCUUCAGUCUCUGGCGCCUCCGUCUCCAUGUCAGCCGUGCCAGGGCGUGAAGGGACCGCCCGGCGAGCCGGGAACGCCGGGACCCAAAGGCUCCAUGGGGACGCCGGGCUACCCGGGCAGGAGCGGUGCCCCCGGUUACCCAGGACCUCCUGGAAUGCAGGGUCCAGCAGGCCUCAAAGGUGAUCUGGGACCCCGAGGCCUCAAAGGCAGCAAAGGCGAGGGCCACCCGGGACCCCCGGGACCGCCCGGCCAUCCAGGGAUUCAGGGCCCUCGAGGCUUCGACGGCAUCGGCCACGCGGGCAGCCAGGGGAUCCCCGGUAAACCGGGCCCGCCGGGAGACCCGGGGAAGCGGGGAGGUCCGGGUCCGCCGGGGAUCUGCGACGCCUCCUCGUGUUACCAGACCUACAGCCUGAGGGAGCGCUACAGCAAGGGACCCAGCGUCUGACGGCCCCCCUCCCCUCCCCCCCAGGGGAAGCACGGUUCGACUCCCUCCAGACCGACGGCCUGGAGAUUCCUGCCGGGGAGGAGGUCAGCAGGGGGUCAGGGUCGGGGUCAGGCUCAGGACCCGCCUCCUCUGAUCCCUCUGAACUUUGACCUGCGUCCAGACUUUGGCUCCCAGGUUGAAACUGACUCCUGAUCCCGGGCGAGUCAGACGAUCGACGUCGGAACGAGACCAGCUGAUGUUUUCAGAUCCCGGUUUCAGAACAACAUGAAAAAAACAGCUACCUCCUCUUUAAUGUUUUUUUUCUAAAUAUAUAUUAUAAAUUCUAUUCAACGCUCAGCUUGGAGGCAAUAUAUUUAAAAUACUUGGUAUGUAAUGGUACCUGGAGGUUCUUCUGGUCCUGGACUCCCUGGUUGUCCGCUGGACUCCGGAUGUCAGGUCCCGGUUCAGGAAGUGUCCUGCAGAGGGUCCAGACGGUUCCUCAUGAACGGUCCAGACUUCAUCCAGUCCUGGUUCACUUCCCAUUCACACUGGCGUCUUGAUCCCCAAAGUGUCACCAGGUCUGGAUUUGAACCAUCGUCUCCUGUCAGGAUGUUUCCACUAACGAGUCGUCUUGAACCCGGAAGAGGAACGAAGCCUUCAGAACAAUCAGUUCCCAAGAGAAUCCGAUCCUGCCGCACAUUUAGGAACGUUUACAAAAUGAAUCGCGUGGAAAUCCAAAAGUUUACUGAGUUUCAGUUUCAGGGAAGCUUCAGGUUUAAGGACAGUACAGCAUCUUCAUCCGCAGAGCAGGAAGUGGUGAUUUGUUGGGUAAAAUAAUCCACACUAUAGUAUCAACAGCUCAGCAUUAAAACGAGGGGGAAGUCUGAGAAGCAGAGACCGGCAUCGAUCUGCCGCUGCGACCACGACCGUGGUUCGGUUCUGCCUCCGCCUGUGGUGCUGCGCCUGUAAUCCCUCCGCCUGAAAACACAUCUCUGUCACUCAUUGUGCUCGGAGCUCCAGAGGUCGUUCUAAUCCCCGACGGCGGACUGGAAGAACCCUGCUCCUGUCUCAAUCCGAUGUUAUGCAGACGAUGUUUUGCUUUUCCGAGCUUAUCGAUUACAGUAAAUUAACAGAAAACGGCCUUAAUGGGCCUCAAAUGCAGGGAGAACCUUUAGAGCUGCAACAGUCGGAUCACAGACCGGUUUUCUGGGAUCCUAUUGCUGUUCUCAGCUCAGCCACAAGGUUUCAGGGACUUGCGCCUGUUUCCGGUUCCUUCCUUCAGCUGUUGAUGGAACUCGGACGGAUCGAAGUCGUUCCUGAUCCUGGAGCCUCUCGUUCCUGGACGGUUCUCUAAAGAUGUGAGCCGCUGCUGCUGACGGCAACCUGAGAAAAGUUGUUCUCCAGCUAAACGAGGAUUUUUAAUUUGAUUGGCCGAAGCGACGCUUUUCACUUCUCACAUCCAGAUGUGGACGAACGAUCCCAGGAACCAAGUUUAGGACAAACAAAGUGUCCGUGGAGGGUUGAGCUGUUUGUUUAAAUGACAGUUUAUGUGAAAAUUACAACCAGAUGGAUGACGACAUCGUUUCACGUUUACAUGGCAGCGUUUUGAAAACGGCUUCUGUUUGUGCCUGUUCUGCCACCGGAGGGCGCUGCUGCCCGCUGCCCUGAUGGUUGUUGUUGAAGAACCGUAGCACGGCAGCGGCGUUUUCUCAGUCACCACAGAAACAGAACAGAGUCGGGUUUCGUCGGUUCACACGGCAACAGAGUCUGAGCGUUUUCAGAAAGUUGCGUCAUGGAAACCGAUUCUUAAAACUCGCGUUUGCAGCGCCUCCAAGUACCGCUGUCGGGUAAACGGCGCCUCAGAGCGAAGGACGCAGCUGCCAGAAAAAUCUAAGAUUUUGCUCAACGACACUUUGACAAGUGGACAGCAGGAGAUGGGGGCUCGAACCUUCAACCUUUUAACUGAGACAGCCGCAGACAGCAAUAGUUUCCACUAGACCAGAUGACUCCCUCCGCAAAAAAACAAAAAAAUCCCAAUCUUACCACGUUUUCUAAACUUAUUUUGAGUGAAAAUGUCUCCAUUUACUUGAUUUAAGAUAAUUUACUUAAAUAUUAUAUUCCAUUAAGAUAAAAAAAUACUUGUUUUAAGAGAAAUUAUCUUACAUCAAGACAAUCUAAACAUGUUCUAUUGGUAGAUUUUUUUUUUUUUAAUUAAGAUACUUUUUGAAAUAGAACAAGUGAAAACUGUCUUGAUUUAAGAGAACUGUGAACAAAGAAAAACGAGUUUUCCUUUGUUUUGAGUGGGGAACACCAUCAAAUACCAAAUUUUACUCAUUGCAGAUUCUCAGGUUUUUCUAAACUUCUCUCGCCGUGGCCGUUUUCCCAUCGCCGCCACUCGACUUCCCCUCCUCCGCUCUGCUUCCUGUUUCUCGGCUGAAUAUAGAGGAGUAUUGCAUGUUUUCUCUGAGUCAGAGGAGUCGGACCUGAAAAACAGAUCCGAGCACCGUGGAGCCCUGCAGCAAGGCGUGGAGGGAUCCUGUUCUCUGAUUGGCUGGAUUUGUGUUUGUCUUUGGAGCAUGUUGGCUGCUGGACGACGCCUUCGCAGGAACUCUUCUUCCUCAUGGUUGCUUUGUUCUGUUGUGAAAUAAUUUGACAUUAAAAUAACCUUUUACUUUGUUCACUCUGACAUUUAGGUUUUGUUUUAAACAGCAGUGAUUUCGAGAGUCUUGAUUUACAGUGUUGAUUUCUUCAUGUAUUCACAGGUGAACCGUCACACGUUCACCUCACGAGGGCCCAAUUCUCUCAAGAUGUUCUGAUUACGACCUUCUGCCUUCCUGAGUUUUCAUUUAAAGUGUCUUUCCUCUUAUUUUGAAGGUUUCAUGACUCAACUUGUGGAUCUUUGUUUUGUCGGAUUUUUCAGUCACUUUGUAUCUGACCUUUGACCUCUGGAGUAACUGUUCAUCUAUUUAAAUUAAUCUGAACCUCCUUGUUACUGGUUUAUAUGUUUUGUACAGUUAGUUUUGCUUGUAUUUAAGUUUUUCAGGAUCAUCUGAGGAGGUCUGUGUCCCUCUUCUACUUCAUUGACUGUAUAAACUCUGAUCGUGGGUUGCCCUGGAUUACACCGGGUUCGUGACCUUUGUGGUUACUUUGCAUGCUUUUGUAGUCACUUUUAUUUUGUUUCGGUAUUUUGUAACCUACUGUGAUCAUUUUGUACAUUUCUGAUCAGUGUUCCUGGACAUUUUCAAUAAUUUGUACCUUUA